GUAGCGUGUCGUAUUGUGUUUUCCUGGAUUUCCUAGCAAAAGUGUCGUGAUUUGAGGUCGUAGCCACAUCGUUAUUAGUUGUUAUCUGCCGUGCGGGCGAUUAUUCUUGCGAUACGGCAACUUGUGCGAUACGCCAAUCGUGGAAAUCGGUCGAAAUAAUAAAAAUUAUUGAAAUGCCUUUACAUGGCAUUGCGAGAAAUUUGACGACGAGCCACAACAAAUUUUAAAGUUCCGCUUGAAUUUUACCUUCAAAUGUGCAAUAAUACGCGUCGCGAGUGUGAAAAAAUACAAAAAAUCAAACAAAUAAACGAGAAACGGAGAAAAAUGUGAAAAAUUCUCGAUUUUUUUGACAGCAAUUAUUUCUCUCGCAAUAACCUAGGAAAACAAAAAGUUACAAAAUUACGCAAAAAAUCACAAAAUUCGAGGCAAAACCAUGGGAGGCUGCAUCGGAAUCAACCGAAACUCGGACAACGAUGUGGAUAACUCGUCAAUUAACGUUUCAAGACAGACCACAGCUCCUUUACCAAACUCUGGUCAGCAACGAAAAAAUCAUCCACUGUGCCAUGAAACCAUAAGAUGGAAAUCCGAUGUUCCUUUAACCGAAGGUCAAUUAAGAAGUAAACGUGAUGAAUUUUGGGAUACGGCGCCCGCUUUCGAUGGUCGGAAGGAGAUUUGGGAUGCCCUGAGAGCAGCAACGGUUGCCGCAGAGGCAUUAGAUUUUGUAUUAGCUCAAGCAAUUUUAGAUGGCGCAAAUAUUUCCGUACCAAAUGGGUAUCUGACGGAAUGUUACGACGAAUUAGGGACACAAUACAAAGUGCCGAUUUAUUGUCUGUCGUACCCGAUUAACAUAGUGAAGGAAGACAAUGGACGAGAUUCGCCAGCGGAAUUUUCAGAACCGAUUGAUGGAGGAGCGGAAAUUGUAUUAAAACUAAGACUUUCCUCAACUCUAACUGACGUCAAGUUGUCAGUGUACUCAAAAGACACCGUGGGCCAGUGCAAAAAGAAGCUACAAGCGCAAGAGAACGUCGAUGCCUUCGCACAACGAUGGUUCUACAGUGGCAAGCUACUAGGUGAUAAAAUGCCAAUCGAAGACGCUCACAUCCAACCGGGCUACAUUGUCCAAGUUAUUGUAAAUACAGAAAAACAGGGAAUUGUUAGCUAGCCAAUGGCCAAAAUUAACUUAAAAGCCUAUCGUAACGCGUUGCCGCACAGCAGCAGCAUGCAAAGUCUCCUCAUGAUGGACGACCGACAGCAAAAUCAGCAAGAAAUGAACCAAUUAUUUAAUAUUACCAUGUUGUUAGGACGUAAGAAUAAUAAUCGUAAUAAUAAUAACGCGACAAGUGAUGACGGCGAUGAUCGACAGCAGCAAGAGCGUUACAACAACAACAACAACAACAAUGACGACGACAAAUUUAGUAGAAUAGAGAAAAAAAUUGAAAAUAAUUUGACAUAUAUUAGUAUUAAUGUGGAUAAUACGGAAACUGGUUCCAUUGUCAAUUACAGUGGCAUCAUGGAAAAUUGUACAUUUUUUGAUAUUGAAGAUGAUGAUGAACUUGUGACACUCAAUGCAUGAAACUCUUGAAGAGAUUUUUAGAAUUAAAAUUUUAGUUUAAUUUUCUUUUUCACACAAAUUUAUGACAAUGUACUCAUGAAAAUUUUUUAAAAAACGAAAAGAACUUCCUCUAAUUUUAUAACAAACAAAAAAUAUCACAAAAUAAUGGAUUUUAAAUCGUGUCUGUUAACUUUUGCAUUUAACUUGCUCAGAAAAAUGAAUUAAUAAAAAUAAAUGGAACUGAACAAGAGUUGCACUGCCGAUUGUCUCACAUGAAAAAAGUGCUCACGUAAGAAAUUUUUACAAAAGUACAACGCAAAAUCAAAUUAAAAGUCUUAAAAAUUAAGAAAAUUGUUCCUACUUAAAAUUUUCAAAAAUAUUUAUAAUUUUUCAGUUUUUCUAAAUUAUU